UCCACUGUCUAGAGAGAGAACGUUUUGGAGCCGCGUCCUCUGAACAUGAUGUGUUUGGAAGCUUGUCUUUUCAAGACUGGUGAAGAAGGCACCAGAAAAAACGAAAACAAAAGAGAAACAAAGAAGGAGACACAUGGUUGAAGACGAAAGUUAUGGUCUUUGAAAAAAAAAUCAGAUAGUCCUGGACUUCGUAAGCUGUAGUAUCUGUGAGAGACUGGAAGAAAGAGUUCGUAAGAUGUCACUCCAGUGUCUCAUUGGUGCUAUCCGUCAAGACUUGAAAUGAAACGUUUGCGUUAUUUCUCUCCUUGAGAAUUCCCAGUUGUCUUUCAUCGUCAUCAACUUGAGGCACAUUGCCCAAUGUGUACAUCAGCUUGAAGAGGUUCCUCACUCAGUUUCUUAUCACAAUGUGUAUCGGACGGGUUUUAUUUUCCAGAUCAACACAAGCAUGACAACCACGUACAACUUGGAUAACAUUACGUAUAUCGUUUAUCUGGAAUCCGGGAUGGAAUGGAACGAUUCGUAUACAGCUACAAACCUUUCUCUAAAUGACACAUCUUCUCGAGAAAGUUACACAACAGAACAUCAAGUUAGUCCUGUGGAACUGGAUGAUCCUUGGGGAGGAUCUCCAUAUCCGAGUGGUUACUCCCGUAUUAACAUUAUACUAAUUGCCCUCAUCGUCACUUGUGUUAUGGUUAUAAUUGUGGUCGGAAAUAUGCUUGUCUGUAUAGCAAUCGCAACAGAAAAGUCGUUAAAAACUGUCCAGAACUGGUUCAUUGCCUCGCUUGCGGUUUCGGACUUUCUUGUUGGAUUGGUAGUUAUGCCUUUUUCGCUGGCCAAUGAGUUGAUGGGCUACUGGAUUUUCGGACAUAUUUGGUGCGACAUUCAUGCUGCGCUUGAUGUUCUUCUCUGCACAGCGUCAAUAAAUAAUCUGUGUCUUAUUAGUCUAGAUAGGUAUUGGUCAGUGACCCACGCUGUGGAAUACCUGAAGAAGCGGACUCCGACACGAGCGAUCGCUAUGAUUUGCUUCGUGUGGCUUCUGUCAGCUCUCAUAUCUCUGCCACCGUUGGUGGGAUGGAAGAAGUCAGACAGACCAACAGACUACCCCGAGUGCAAAGUCAGUGAAGAAAUCGGGUACGUUUUGUAUUCUGCCUUGGGCUCGUUUUACAUUCCAGCUGCAGUAAUGGUAUUCGUGUACAUACGGAUAUUUUUUGCCGCGCGUUCUCGUGCUAGACGUCAUGUGAAAAAGAAAACUCAACCGGAAGUGACGAACGAUCCAGGAAGGGAUAAGUCAACAACUACGACAACAACUACGUGCACCAGCUUCAGUAACCCUAGCCCCCCAGAGAAGGGGAAGGAUACGGAAGGAAACUCGUUCUUCGAGAAACUCAAGACAAAUGGAAGCAGUGAGACGUACGCCAAGCACUCCAAACUUUUACCCAAAAUGCCUCAGAUUAUAAUCGAGAAUUCUGCAGAAGAACAGGAACAUUCCGAAGAUGACCAGGCAGCAACAGAAGAUGAAAACAGGCAAGGAACUCUGGAUCCUUCUAGUCAAACUGUUAGCGGUAGCAGUGAAUCCAUGACUGACGAAGAAAAACCUUUCGGUUCGGCUUACAAAGUACAGACCAUCUCCAAGACAGAUUUGGAGGCGGGCUCGUAUUCUUUACUUUUAAAAACUCCAAAAGGCUUGAAAGCGUCUUUUGGCUCCACCAUUUCCUUGGCGGAUUAUGGAAAAGACGAAGAUGCUAAUGAACUUUAUGAAACAAAAAACAUUUUCAAGAGAGGUAAAAACACCAGCGGGAAAUGCACAUUCAACGAGCCUACUCGAUGCUACACCUCUGCUGUAGAGAGACAGAAACGCAAGAUCGCCAAGGCGAGAGAAAGGAGGGCAACAGUUAUUUUGGGACUAAUUAUGAUAGCUUUUAUAUUAGCCUGGCUUCCGUUCUUCGUUCUUUACGUAUUGUCUGCUAUUUGUAAACAGUGUAAAAUUAGUGAUUUUGGAUUUGGUGUUGCUUUCUGGUUAGGGUAUUUGAACUCUGCUAUUAAUCCUAUCAUCUAUACUAUCUUUAAUCGGGACUUUAGGAAAGCUUUCCGAAAGAUCUUGUUCAAGUAAAAAAUUCACGAUAAUAAGUUAAAUGUUGUGUCUAAUUUUAUCUUACGUACUUUUUUUAAAGGAAGUGCCUCCAGUGUAUGAACUUGAAAUUCUCGGGUUAGCCUGAAACAUUUACUGGGAAACCAGAUUCUUAUCCUUACCAGAUUCGUAUUUUCACUAUUUUAUCGUUAAUGUGGUAUUCCAAUUCGUUGUUAUCGUCUAUAUAUAUAUAUAACCUUAUUGCACCUAUAAUAAUGUAUAUUAUAUUUAUAUAAUAUAUGUGUGUGUGUGUGUGUGUGUUACUUCCAAAAAUUUCUUCACGUACUGGGUUAAUUUAUGCCUUACAUUAAAGAUACACUGUACUAGUUAUUGUCAGUGUUGUAAACGGUAACAAUAGGAAUAGUAUAGGGAUUCAGUUAGGAUGUUUUCAUUGUUGGAUUUCAGGAUGAGUUGAAAGGACAGUCUCUCGAAAAGAUGGACAAAGUUUUAACACUCUUGUGUUAAUCUUCAAGUCCAAAGAGUGCUGAUAUGUCGUCGUUUUCAAGCACAAUGCAGAAGAGGUAUUAAUUUAUCACACUGAUCUUAAUGUCUGCAACUCAACUCACAGAAGAGGUAUUAAUUUAUCACACUGAUCUUAAUGUCUGCAACUCAACUCACAGAAGAGGUAUUAAUUUAUCACACUGAUCUUAAUGUCUGCAACUCAACUCGUGUCUUGAGUACCAUUCCUUUCCUCAACGCUUUUCAUUUUCACACACGACAAUAUUUGUAAUUUCUCAAACUCACAACAGUCUUUAAUAAAAGCUAAAUCACUUGUAACACUUAUUAUUUGUAGUAAUAGUAGUAGGUGUAAUACCCUACCACCACUAGGAGUUCAAUUUGAACAAUGGUCUCAGCUCACUUCCAUGGCUCGACCUACUGGGUUGGGCACAGGACUCGCGAGGCGCUGGUUCGAAACCCAUCACCAAAAAUGCUCGCCCUUUCAGCUGUGUGGGCGUUAUAAUAUGACUGUUAAUUGCACUAUUUAUUG